AUGUCUACUCUCCGUCUUGAAUUCGACAUUGGCAUCAAUUGGACCGACGACGGUUCCUUUGAUCCAAUAAUUCUUCAUCGUCCUACUUCCUCCCUCUCCGACAUAACAUGUGACGACUCCUCGCAGUCGGAGACGCUCUACGUGAGGCAGGGCAAGCGAAUUCAUCGAGGUCGUUCGACACUCGUCUGGGCCGCACAGAUGCAGAGGGGAGGGGAAAGCCCAAUCGACAUAGUUUUCAAACUCACGACCCUUAAAGCCCAUCAUGACGAUCUUCUCAAAGAAGCUGGUUUCUACCAGAACGAGCUUGCCACUGUCCAAGGCAAGAUCGUGCCCAAGUUCUAUGGAAUAUUUCAAGGUCAUUUCGGCUCUCGAUUUAUCACCUGUAUGGUAUUGGAGCACUGUGGUCAGCCUAUGCGCGAAGCUCAAUACCAGAACCUUGAUUUCAAAGUUGAGCUCGUCAAUCGCCUGCAGUAUCUGCACAGCUCCUGUGGGAUUGAACAUGGCGACGUGUGCGGUGGCAACAUACUCGUGAGCCACGGUUACCCUGUAUUCAUCGACUUUGAACAUGCACGGCCCCACAAUUGCAAGCGAAGUAUGGCGAUUGAAGUGGGGAAGCCGUGGCCACAGGUUUUGGAAUUUGGCUGCUUUGAGCUGCACGAUGCGGGAAAAUAUUUUGGGAUCUGGGGCCCUGCUAUCGUCGAAUUCUUGGACGAUUGCAUCUCAGUUUAUCAGAUCACGUCCCCAAAACGCUUGGUGGAACUGACGUUGCACAACGACUACAUCGACCCAGACGAUGCGCUAGAGCAGGCGCAAGAAUUUGUGCAGUAUCUCGUCAACAGAGGGACGUUGCCCAAGUCUGUACUGACGAUGUCUAAAUAA